AUGGACAGAGAGACGGGCAAUCUGUAUGUAACACAGCCACUCGACAGAGAGGAAACAGCUCGUUACCUGAUCCGCUCUAAUGAAGACAAAACAAGGAAGCUCUUUUACAGCAUCACUGGUCCUGGAGCUGAUCUGCCUCCUGUUGGUCGUUUCACAGUGGACAGAGAGACGGGCAAUCUGUAUGUAACACAGUCACUCAACAGAGAGAAAACAUCCAAGUACACGUUUCUAGCACAUGCUGUGGUAGAAGGAGGGGGACAAGCUGAGGAUCCCAUGGAGAUUAUAGUCAAUGUGAUCGACCAGAACGACAACAAACCUUAUUUUACGGUGGAGUACAACGCAAAUGUUGCUGAGGCCACAGCCAUCGACCAGAAUGGCUUUAUCCAGGGGAGGCAGAGGUUUCACAAUGUGCGGAGGGUCAUGAAGAUCAUUUAUGAGAAAAAAUAG